UCCAGUGGGUCAGGUAUACAUUUCAAACUGAUAUUCGAUGGAAAAAAAUCGGUACACCGCGAUUUCAACAACAGGGGGGCGGGUGUUCGCGGGUACUUUGAAUCAAAUUCGAAACCCUUCGAAUCCGGCAUCGCGCGUGCGCGAGACUUCAGGAGUGCCGGUUACUCAGGCUCCUGUACGAACCAUCGGGCAGUUUGACUCCGGACGGGGUGGAAGAAGCACGUGUCGGCGUUGGAAGUUUCAAGGAUCAGCUGAGGUGCGACCGGCGUGUGACGCGUGUUCUGACAUCCGAUAAAAAGCGCGCUAAAUUUAGGGUGGAUCGGAUUUUUCGUGAGCGAUAUACGGGGAAGGAUUUAUGUUAUUUGACCAGUGCAAGCCCUGUGCAAUGUUUUAAUGUAACGAUCAUGAAGUGCGUGCGCGAACUGUUUUUUUCUCUUCACCUCCAGUAAACAGAUCGAGUGAGAUGGUCCCCGAUAAUCCGCCUCUCAUAAUCGUGCAGGCAAUAUUUUGUCCGUUGUAAUUUAACGGAGAGUCGUCUAUCGAAUUUUCGAACUUUUCCCUCUCGCCAAAAAUUAGAUAAUAAGUGCAGUUCAGCCAUGGUCGACAUGCAAAAAGUGGAGUUUGCCGUUGGCAGCGAGGUGUCACCGGCUUCAUUUUACAAAAGUGCAUUCGCGCGAUCCUUUGCAAUGAACUCUCGAGAGACAAAAUCCCUCGAUUUUGGUUUCAUGAACAACGAAACCAUCGCCGAAGAACCAACGGACUGCAACGUCAACACCGACAGUAAGAAUAACAACUUUGUAUCACAGCACACCGGUGGCAAACAGAGCUGCAACACAUCGGACGUUAAAUUAUGGAGAAUCCACGAGAGCGCUACCGACAAUGACGCGGCGACAGAAGUGAACAAACUUCGAAAGGAGUGCCAAACGUUGGCGGAAGAGAACAGGAGGUUGCAGGGUACGCUGGCCGCGGGAAGAACGUCGCACUCUCGAGUGAUAGACAACGUCCUUCUGCAAACUCAGAUCGACACACUUCAGUGGCAGCUGAAACAGACGGAGGCAAACCGGCAAAUGUACCGCGCGCUGAUGGGUCAGGUCGUCAGGUUUCUGGAGCGAGCGCACAAAGGCCUCGAUAUCCUCCACGAGAAAUCCAAUCCAAAGAGCACGAAGACCUUGAGAGUGCCGAGGAGUCGCAGCGUCCACGCGGUGGACGCCUCGUCGCCGAGUCGCGCGGCCGAUCCGACCUCCGCCAAUUUCGCCCGGGCGAAAUCGGUGACGCAGAUAUCGCCGACGAGCAACCCGAUCCGCGAUUCGACGUCCGUUUGGUCGGUUCUUCGUCGCAACGACAACGGGACUCCGCUCGGGACGCCACCGAGGCCCGACCCGCGGGAGCUCAACGACAAUCGCAACCAGACGCACGACGGCGUCGUCUACAGGAGGCGUCCCAAGCAGUCGGAGAACAAUCCCGACGAGGUGCCGCCGGAGAGACUCGCCCAGGAGGCCUUCCGCCUCAUGAGGACGGUCCAGUCGCUACUGGCCACCCGGGAGCCGGACCUCGUGCGAGCCUCGGAGGGCGAGGAGAACGGCUCGCCGUCCCCUAGUUGCGAUCACGAGAUGUCCUUGCCGACGAAUUUCGCCAAUUCCACGAGCCUCCACGACUCCUCGUUUUCCGCGUGCUCCAGCAGCGACCGCGCCAGUUCGAGGACCGACCACGACACGUCGUUCAAUUUCCGCAAGGUAUCGAGCGAGUCGAACGGCUCGUGUCUUAUGCCGGGUGUGAGGAGAUCGCUCGACGCCACCUCCCUGCAUUCGGGGAGCAGUAAAACCACCGAAACCACCGAGGAAGAAGACCCGGGGCCCAGGUCGCUGCUCACCGGCGUUUUGGAACGAGAAUUUUCCGGCACGCCGUCCUCCACGCCCAUCAGACGGAAGAAGCCCUCGGAACCGGACGUACCCAUUUUCAAGCCGAAACCCACGGCGAGCGUGAGCAGCGCGGAAGACGAGAGCGGCUUCUCUUCGAUGAGUUCCUUUCAGGACGUCGGUCUGCCGGCCGCCCCCUCGCCGAUAAAGGGAUGCCACACGGAGGUCGGACUGCCGGAAGUACCGAUCAACAAGGUCAGACACAGAAGAUGGAGUUCGACGCCGGCGGAAAUGCAGGCUCUCCUCAACGGGCGUCACAACGCGAGUUUUGCCGGGGCGAAAACUACCAGCGAGGCGUUAAAGGUGCUUUGGGUAUAGCGAAAGCACGAUUGUUAACGGCUUUUAUGGUUCGCGAGAAUAACGACGGCGCAACUUUUGGUUACCAUCAUCCGUAACAUCGACGAUACCCAUGUGAAUCCUAGAUACCGCAUAUAAGUAUAGAGCCGCCGAAAGUCACACACGUGUACAAAUAUUUGUGUAAUAUUUCUUAUUAAAUAUCCUAUCGAACUACUACGCUACUUCGUCACCUAUAGGUAUAUAUACCGCAGACUCGAUACAAUAUACGCAUAUACGUAAUUAUUCGCUAUUAAUUAAUUAUUCGAUUAAUUAACCAACAGCUUUUAUUGCAGAAAAGAAAGAGGCGAGAAAAUUAUCGACUCAUAUUUUAAUAGUAACUUAUGUAUGCAUGACGUAUCUCUCGUUGCAGAUUUCAAACUUUGAAGAAAAAAAAAAAAGAAAUAAUAAAGUUCAAUCCUACUUUGUGUAAAAAAUUUUACGUAUAAACGAUCGGAAAUUAAUUCCGGUCGUUGCAGCGCAGUCUCGACUCGCAUUUGAUCGUCACAUAGAUCACAUUUUUAUUGCCUGCGUAUUAAUCUGUAUGUAUUCAUGAACUUGUGUGUUUGCGUUAUGUUUCUUUCUUUCAUUUUAUUUUUUUUUACCAUUUCAUUUCAAAGUUCUUUUUCGUCCGCGAUAUUUAUUGUUAUUAUUUUCAUAUUUUACGUGACACCGUUCCGUGUAAGCCGCCAGUACAUGGAAGAAAUGAAUAAAAGUACAGUUAACAAGCAGGAUCGGAGGAUCGUUGAGAUAAAAAUUACGAAUGAAAACAGUUUGGAAGAAAAAGUUGGCGCAGUAGAACGGAUCUUUUUUUUUUUCUUAUUUUUUGCAUUCGCGUAGCCGGUAUUGUCACAAAGUUCCGUUUCGGUGAAAUUUCAUGUAACGUUUUUACAGUUUGGUAUGUCAGACGGUGUAAAAAGAACUUCGCGAUUGUCAAAUCGUCAAAAUCGUAGUUUUUUUUUUUUUUUUUUGUCACGUUUUUCAAUUCACCCGAAUUUUUUUUUUUUUUUUUUUUUGUAACUUUAAAAAAACCGUGCAACGUAUUUCAUGCACACGAAUUCACGUACGGUCGCAUGUUUUUCUAUGUAAUAUGUAGGGAGUAAUCGUACUUAAGUAUGUAAUUUUAUAUUUAAAACGUUGAACACGUUAAUUAUUAAUUGUACUUUAAUAAUAUACUCCUGAAUAUUAAACCUAUACCUACAAAUCAUACUCGGCGAGCCAAUAAACCAAAGUAAGGACGUAAAGGCAAAAACAAAAAAAAAAUCGUUAAAAAUUAUGGUUUCUGGUGUUAUCUUAAAUGUAACGUUGCUAUGCGGAUAUUCACAGAUAUCUGUGAAUUACGCAGUUGAAAAAAUUUACAUCAAUUAAUUUCUAGAGAUAGAACGUUGAAGUGAUAAAAUAUUAUUUGAGUAACUGUUCAUAUAAUAAAUAACUCGAUUGUCACGUUCGGUUGACUUGUACAAUGAAAUGAUUUUGUGAAAA